GAAUUAGGCCAAAUGAAGGUUUGCAAGGGAAGUAGUGGAGAGCAUUGUUUAAAGUUUACUUAAAUGGCAUCCUGACCACAAUGAAGAAAGCCGAUACUGUGGAAGAUGUCAGCAGUCACGUGCAGAAUGUACCAGAGAGGCCACCCCGCCUGGGAGUGCAGAAUAAACAGCAGAUGCGUCUGAGGCAGGAGGGGUGGAUCUGUGGAGAGAGUCCAGCAGCAGUAUACAAUCUCUCAAGAAGCCAGAGUUCAUCUCUGCAAGGCCAGGUGACAACUGCUCUUCUUGUGGAUUACUUGGUUUACAAGAUCCUGCCAGUGAGACUUCAAGUUUACGCAGCUGGGACCCGAGCCACCUCGGUUUUGUACUUGCAUGUGCUGGUGGAAGUUUGGAGCUGGUUGGAGCUACUGUUUACCUGGACAUUUUGAGCCAUUUUGAACUUAAGGCGCUGACACUGCUAGCAAUGAGCUCCCAAAGCCAUCCAGGCUGGCCUGAAAUUCAUCAUACGGCUCAAGAUUCUCCUGCCUCAGUCAUGGGAAUGCUGGGGUUACAGGCAUGCCAUGGGAAGUACUUUCAGCUUGAGCACUGUUUAAAAUUGUUUGUGAUGAUGAUAUCUUCACCAUUGCUUUCUGUAAAAUCAAGCUCUAUAUUUUCUAGCUUUAAACCUUUUAUAGUUUCACCAGUCACUGUUAAAUUUUAGGUACCUUCUCUUAGUAGCUUGCCUGAAUGCCUUCAUAGUGAGUAUUAUUUAUAUCUGUCUGAAAACAAAAUUCUGCUCCUGGGAAACUAACGUGAGCUCCUGAUAGAUCUCGGCACUGGGCAGGAGCUUCAGGGCCCAUGCUAGGCCCCUAUGGAUGCUGUGGAGUCCCCUGCCUGAGUGAGGGCUCACAGAGACUUCGGAUUGGCAGAGGUCAGAGCUUAUUGAGUGCUAUGACUUUUGUUGGUUCUAAACUGUGUCUCAGUCCCCAAGAGUCCCAAGGUCAUUGCAGUACACACAGGGGACCCACCUUAGAAAAAUAUCACAACUUAAAUUUGUCCUAUUUUAUGUAGUGAACUUAGAACAUUUGAUCAGAUGCCACUUGUAGACUUAAAAUAGCUAGUAUGAAUAAAUGUGAAUUUAGCGACUUGGUCUUACAUCAGUGAGUCCUGGGUAGGUGCCAUUCUGAACCACAGAGGUUACUACACUGUUGCUGAGGUGAGUAAAGGGAUUUUCAAGAUCCUGAUUGAAGGUUUGUAGAGGAGAGUGAUGGGCAGAGGCUGAUGCUGCCAGGCUAGAGGAAACUUGGAGGUAAUGAAGAAGUUCAUUGACCUUUGGAUGUGUGGCAUCUUUGGGCUGCCGGGGAGAUGCACUGGGAGUCAUCAGAAAUACUGUGUUUCUAAGUCUGAGACAAGGCAUGGCCCAUGCCAGCCUAGAGCCAUUUUCACCAUGCCCUUCUUGGACCCUUGUCUCUUCUUCUGUGAACAGUCUCAGUGCCAGGCCAGCAGGUGGCCUGCAUUGUACCAUUGCCAGACAGGGCCUCCUGGAUUUGUUUGUGACCUUGCCUACCUUGGGAGUCUCUCCCCUGUUCUUUUUCUUUGUCCCUACUGAAGGUGAAGCAAUGCGCAGAAACAGACUAGUGCUGCUAGUCUCAUUUGUAGCUUGUCCCCAGUCUGGCCUGGGUCCAGUCGGCACUGCAUGUAUUCCACAGGGGCCUGGCCUGCAGACCUCAGCGGAAGCUAGUUGUCUUGUCUGCUCCUCUGUUCCUGGAAAGCCUUGCCACACACAGCCAGGACCACUGUGGGUGCAUCCGGUCUCUGCUGCUGCCAUUUGUUUGGGAGCUGUUGGCUCUGGUCAGAUAUGUGGAUGUGCUGUUAAUUUGUCCUCAUUUUUGGAAGGAAGUUGGUGGCUCAGACGAAAGGAAGAGCCACAGAAUGUCAAACCCAGCAGCGGCUGUCUGACGUGGCUGCUAAUCACCGCAAUAUGGAAUGAAGAGGAAGCAUUCGAUUUCCUUGCUUGCCAGAUGGACUUUCUGGUCGAGACCAGCCAGUAGAGCUGCUGAAUCCUGCCCGUGUGAACCACAUGUCCAGCACGGUGGAUGUGACUACAGCGCUGCCUCUGCAAGUGGCCCCUGCAGCAGUACCCAUGGACCUGCGCCUGGACCACCAAUUCUCGCUGCCUUUGGAACCUGCACUGCGGGAACAGCAGCUACAGCAGGAGCUCCUAGCACUGAAACAGAAGCAGCAGAUCCAGCGGCAGAUCCUCAUUGCUGAGUUCCAGCGGCAGCAUGAGCAGCUGUCCCGGCAGCACGAGGCCCAGCUGCAUGAACAUAUCAAGCAGCAGCAGGAGAUGCUGGCCAUGAAGCACCAGCAGGAGCUGCUGGAGCACCAGCGGAAACUGGAGCGGCACCGGCAGGAGCAGGAGCUGGAGAAGCAGCACCGUGAGCAGAAGCUGCAGCAGCUCAAGAACAAGGAGAAGGGCAAAGAGAGUGCUGUAGCAAGCACCGAGGUGAAGAUGAAGCUGCAGGAGUUUGUUCUCAACAAGAAGAAGGCGCUGGCCCACCGGAACCUGAACCACUGCAUUUCCAGCGAUCCCCGCUACUGGUAUGGGAAGACACAGCACAGCUCCCUUGACCAGAGCUCUCCGCCCCAGAGUGGAGUAUCAGCCUCCUACAACCACCCAGUCUUGGGAAUGUAUGAUGCCAAAGAUGACUUCCCUCUUAGGAAAACAGCUUCUGAGCCCAACCUGAAAUUACGGUCAAGGCUUAAGCAGAAAGUAGCUGAGAGACGGAGCAGCCCCCUGUUGCGCAGGAAAGAUGGCCCUGUGGCCACUGCUUUAAAAAAGCGACCCCUGGAUGUCACAGACUCUGCGUGCAGCAGCGCCCCUGGCUCUGGUCCCAGCUCUCCCAAUAGCAGCUCUGGCAACGUCAGCACUGAAAAUGGCAUCACACCCACCGUGCCCAGCGCUCCAGCUGAGACAAGCUUGGCACACAGACUUGUGACUCGAGAAGGCUCAGUCGCCCCACUCCCUCUCUACACAUCUCCAUCCUUACCCAACAUCACCUUGGGGCUUCCUGCCACCGGCCCUGCCGCUGGUGCGGCGGGCCAGCAGGAUACUGAGAGGCUUGCUCUCCCAGCCCUCCAGCAGCGGAUCUCCUUGUUCCCUGGCACCCACCUCACCCCAUACCUGAGCACCUCACCCUUGGAGCGGGAUGGUGGAGCAGCUCACAACCCCCUCCUGCAGCAUAUGGUCCUGCUGGAGCAGGCCCCCACCCAGACACCCCUUGUCACAGACUGGUAUCUUUCAGGCCUGGGGGCGCUGCCCCUCCACACACAGUCCCUGGUUGGUGCGGACAGGGUGUCCCCAUCCAUUCACAAGUUGCGGCAGCACCGCCCCCUGGGGCGCACACAGUCAGCGCCCCUGCCGCAGAACGCACAGGCCCUGCAGCACCUGGUGAUCCAGCAGCAGCACCAGCAGUUCCUGGAGAAGCACAAGCAACAGUUCCAGCAGCAGCAGCUGCACCUCAGCAAGAUGAUAUCCAAACCCAGCGAGCCACCCCGGCAGCCUGAGAGCCACCCUGAGGAGACGGAGGAGGAGCUCCGUGAACACCAGGCCUUGCUCGAUGAGCCCUACCUAGAUCGGCUCCCUGGGCAGAAGGAGCCCUCCCUAGCUGGUGUGCAGGUCAAGCAGGAACCCAUUGAGAGUGAGGAGGAGGAGGUGGAGGCCACUCGAGAGGUGGACCCCAGCCAGCGUCCAGCCACUGAGCAAGAGCUGCUCUUCAGACAGCAAGCUCUCCUGCUGGAGCAGCAGAGGAUCCACCAGCUAAGGAACUACCAGGCAUCUAUGGAGGCUGCUGGUAUCCCUGUAUCAUUUGGCAGCCACAGACCUCUGUCCCGGGCACAAUCCUCCCCAGCAUCUGCCACCUUCCCCAUGUCAGUCCAGGAGCCCCCCACCAAACCAAGGUUCACCACAGGCCUUGUGUAUGACACACUGAUGUUGAAGCAUCAGUGCACCUGUGGGAACACCAACAGCCACCCAGAGCAUGCUGGGAGAAUCCAGAGCAUCUGGUCCCGCCUGCAGGAGACUGGCCUCCGUGGCAAGUGUGAGUGCAUCCGUGGACGGAAGGCCACAUUGGAAGAGCUGCAGACAGUGCACUCGGAGGCCCACACACUCCUCUAUGGCACAAACCCUCUCAACAGACAGAAACUGGACAGUAAGAAACUUCUAGGCUCACUGACCUCCGUGUUUGUCAGGCUUCCUUGUGGUGGUGUUGGGGUGGAUAGUGACACCAUAUGGAAUGAAGUACACUCGUCAGGGGCAGCCCGCCUGGCUGUGGGCUGCGUAGUGGAGCUGGUCUUCAAGGUGGCCACAGGAGAGCUAAAGAAUGGCUUUGCUGUGGUUCGUCCCCCAGGACAUCAUGCCGAGGAGAGCACACCCAUGGGAUUCUGCUACUUUAACUCUGUGGCAGUUGCAGCCAAACUUCUCCAGCAGAGACUGAAUGUGAGCAAGAUCCUCAUUGUGGACUGGGAUGUACACCAUGGGAAUGGGACCCAGCAGGCCUUCUACAAUGACCCCAAUGUUCUCUACAUGUCCCUGCACCGCUAUGAUGACGGCAACUUCUUCCCAGGAAGUGGAGCACCAGAUGAGGUGGGCACAGGGCCAGGCGUGGGUUUCAAUGUCAACAUGGCUUUCACGGGUGGACUUGAACCCCCCAUGGGAGAUGCAGAGUACCUGGCAGCCUUCAGAACGGUGGUCAUGCCAAUUGCAAAUGAGUUUGCCCCAGAUGUGGUACUGGUGUCAUCAGGCUUUGAUGCUGUGGAGGGCCAUCCCACACCUCUUGGAGGGUACAAUCUCUCUGCCAAAUGUUUUGGGUACUUGACGAAGCAGCUGAUGGGCUUAGCUGGUGGCCGGAUUGUGCUGGCUCUUGAGGGAGGCCAUGACCUGACGGCUAUCUGUGACGCUUCUGAAGCAUGUGUUUCUGCUCUGCUGGGAAAUGAGCUUGAGCCUCUGCCAGAAAAGGUUCUGCAGCAGAGACCCAAUGCCAAUGCUGUCCACUCCAUGGAGAAAGUGAUGGACAUCCACAGCAAGUACUGGCGCUGCCUUCAGCGUUUGUCCUCCACUGUGGGGCACUCUCUGAUUGAAGCCCAGAAGUGUGAGAAUGAAGAAGCUGAGACAGUCACCGCCAUGGCCUCACUGUCUGUAGGCGUCAAGCCUGCUGAGAAGAGAUCGGAGGAAGAGCCUAUGGAGGAGGAACCACCACUGUAGCCCCGAAGCUGCUGUUCUCUCCUUUGUUUGUCUGUCUUGAAGCUCAGCCAAGAAACUUUCCCGUGUCACUCUUGUGUCCUGCCUCGGUGCUCUCUCUGAGUGCAAAGGGACACCAGGCGUGCAGCAGCAACGGGAGGCCUUUCUGCCACCCUGGACCACAGGUCUGGAGAUGCACACGAACACCAGGUGUGGCAGAUCACAUGGAACACAGGACAGCGCGCAACACACAGGCACACAGACACGCGGAAGCCAAGCACACGCUGGUGGUUCCCCUGGGGACGCCCGAGAAAGAAGAGGCCUGUGGCAACUUGGGCAGAGUUGCUGAACCGAGUUGACAAUGAGGAUAAUGAAAAUCAAAGAUCUAAUAAUACAGAAAAAAACUUGAUUAAAACUGGUGCUUAACAUUUGAUUCUUACCCACAAUCCCACAGUCUCUGUGUAAACCACUCAACUCAUCUUGUAGCUUUUUUUUUUUUUUAAACAGAGAGUUUUCUAUGGCUCUGGCCUGCCUUGUGAACCUUAGUGGGGUGCUGUGGGGGUUCACAGCUUAGUGAGGGACAGAGUUGGAAGAAACUUUAAAGGAAAAAAAAAAAAAAAAAAACUGGACAGAACAGAAAUGUGAGCCUGGGAGUCAGCUGGAGCUUCCUGAAGCCAUCGGAAGAUGCGAGUUUGUGCCUUUUUUUAUUGCUCUGAUGGAUUUUUUUUGUGGCUGGGUUUUCUGAAGUCUGAGGAACAAUGCCUUAAGAAAAAAAAAAUAAUAACCACCAAGAAUUGGUGUGACAGUGUCCUGUGGCUGGCUGAGCUGGUGACACUGGCCUGGCAUUACAAGAGUAGGUGCCAGCCACUGUCCCCAGGGGGCCGCAGUACAGCCAGCCUUGCUUGGUUUGAUCGCUGUUUAAGGAAGAUGAGGUAGUUCCAAAAGCAGCGAACGCCGCCGCCGCCGCCGGCAGUUUUGAAGUCCAACACGUUUUCAACGGAUCCAAAGUGUUCUUUUCUCUUCCGUCACGUAGCAGUCGAGCACCUCCAUCGGGUUGGGAAGCAUGUCGUAGGCACACUGCAGUGUUACGAUCGGAAUGCUUUUCAGUAAAAGCAGGUAGCAUGAAGUAUUGCUUAAAUUUUAGGUAUAAAUAAAUAUAUAUAUGUAUAAUAUAUAUUCCACUGUAUUCCAAGCUAAGAAACUUGAUUCUUAUGAGAUCUUGAUAAAAUAUUUAUAAUGCAUUUAUAGACAAAGUAUAUAUAAAUAUAUAUAAUAAAUACAGACCGCAGAGGUCCUGGCAGGUGAAAGACAUGUGUGUUAGCUCUGAGGUGCUGAGGGCUGGGGUCUGGAUUGAAGCCCAAGGAAUUUUGAGCUCCAGAUUGGCCAGCUUCCAGAUCGCCAACAUGUUCACCCCUGGGCAACUUCCCUACCAGUUUGUACUUUAAUUUUAAUUAUUUUCUAACAAAGCCUCUGCCCUCUCCAAGCCUCCAUGCACAUAUGUACCCGAUGAGUUUUUAUAGCAAAGGAUAUAAAUUUGCUGUUGAUUUUUGUAUGAAUUUUUCACAAAAGAUCCUGAAGAAAACAUUGUUUUGUGGAUUUUACAUUUUUUUUUCCCUCACCGUUCAGCAGUUUUCUGAAGGUGGUAAUGUCUAAAACUUUUUCUUUCUAAAUUCUUACUUGUACAUUUUUUUAUAGCUCUGAAGGUUGUUUUUAUGGUUUGGUUUUAUUUCUUUUUAUACAGCAGGCAGAGCUCUGCUGUGUGCAGGACCACUGCGGUCAUGCUUGGUUUUAGAGAGAACCUCUCGGGACUGGAUAGCAGGUCUGCGUGGUGCCCUUGCGUUGUCUUUUUCAAGUUCCACCCAGGAGCUGCACAGCCAGGGCCUUCUGUCCUGCAACACUGGUAGUAUUACAAGGGCAGGCUAGCCACGUGAGUCAUGAGGGCCGUCUGCAUUAAUGAUGUGGACUUGUAACCACUCCAUCAGGAUAGAACUCCAACUCUAGUUUCCCAAAGACCUUGGAAGCAUGUCCACAGCGCCUGGCUCAGAGCCCGCCCGGCCCUGCACCUUCAGGGGUUUCCACUGCAGCCUCAUAGCCUGGGCUCUGGCUGGAGCCACAGCCCUGGGUUUGUAGCCUGUGGCUGCUGAACCAAGACCCUUGUCACUUGAGCCUGUAGGAGCACAGGGUCCUGAGGGACAGUCCGUCUUUGUCUUUGCUCUUUUUGUUGUUGUUUUUCUAUGACAACUGACUCUCUUUUUACUGCUAACUUCUUUUCUAGCACUUAAAGCCACCAAUUUCAUUCCAAAGUAUGUGGAGUUCAGACUGGCAAGGGGAAGUUGAGGUACUCAGAAGGAACACCCAGCUAAGUUUCUGAGUUAGGUGGCAUUCACAGGGUGAUGGAAACUGGGUCAGGCUUUUGACAGACAGGCUGAGCACACAAUCUUGGACUUUUGGUCGCUGUGCUUCUGUGAGUCAGUGCUAAGCUUAGACAGUGGGUAGAACACAGGGUAGAGAGGUCCUGUGACAUGCCUGGCAACCUUCCUCCCCAUGGCUACUGUGGCCCUUUGUAAAAGGAGCCAACCUAAAGGAGCCCAUGUAGCCCCUCCCCUGCUUGUGGCACUGCAUGGUGGCAGAGGCCAGCUAGCUGCUCUUCUGGCCGCCUUGGCCCAUUUUCUGCACACCCUGCCACCUGCCCUCUUUGUGCCAGCCACGGCUCGUGGGGAGGUACACAUCAUCUUGCUUUUUCAGGUGAUGGGUAAUAGGCUACCCAGUGGCCAGGGUAUUGUGAGAGGGACUCAUUUUGGUCCCAUCACAUCACCCUUUGAUUUGGGGGCCUGGCUAGGGAGCCAGCUCACUCCAGCUUCCCUGUGAGCUGAAAGCAUUACCUACCAUAUAGCCUUUUCUUCCCUUUGAAGACACACGUGGCCCUUCCCCACAGUUACCACCCAGGGCAGAGGGAGGGCAGAAGGUCGGCCUUGACCUCCAGGGCAGGACCACAGCACUCCCCUGCCUGGACCUUGAACCUUCCACCUUCUCCCUUCCUUUGCAAAGGCCUUGGUGGGUGCUGGCAAGGGAGCCGGGAGCAAGCACUUUACAUCCCUUUAAGGGAAGCCCCAAGACACCAUGUCCUUAGGAUGCUGGUGUUCACUCACCCUUGGGUCUUCCAGCUGCACCCUGAGAGCCCGUGCCCCACCAGCAGGCGGCUAUUCCCAAGGCCACACCCACAGGGGCAUCCCGGGGCUCUGGCUUCCGAGGGCCGCUUUAUCAAAGUGUUUCAGUUUUUCUUUACUUUCAAAUCUGUCCCCAAGAGGAAGGACCAUUUUGCAAUGGUCUUGGCAGCACUGGUGAUGGACUUGGUUGUGUUUCUUUCCGUCAGAACAUUCCUUCUUCACUGGUCACAGCCACGUGCUCAUUCCAUCCUUCUUUUUGUAGACUUUGGGCCCAUGUAUUUUAUGGGCAUUGAUACAUAUAUAAAUAUAUAGAUAUAAAUAUAUAAAUAUAUUUUUUUAAGUUUCCUACAUCUGGAGGUUGCAUGGACGUACGCGGCAUGUCUUUAUAUUGUAUACAGAUUUUGCACGCCAAACUCGGCAGCUUUGGGGAAGGAGAAACAAUGCCUUUCUUUCCCCUCACAUGAUGUUUGCAGAUGCAGAAAUUUUUUUCUGUGAAACACAACAAAACCUUGAAGGAGAGGAGGGGGGAGUUUGAGUCUUAUUGAACUUAUUCUUAAGAAAUUGUACUUUUUAAUGUAAGAAAAAUAAAAGGACUACUUACACGUCUCAUUAAGAAGUUGACCUAGCACCUUUGACAAACCGAUAGAGAGUUGAUUGUAUCCAUGUGCAAGCUCCAUAUUCAGACCCUACUGCCUGUCUCUCAAGCUGGUUGAGAGGAUUUUGUUUUGUUUUGUUUCCUUUUCUCUCCCUGCACAGGGCCAGGUGCACCCUGCCUGCUGUCACCGGCCCCUGGUUGAGAACCUGGGGUUCGGAUGAGUUCCCGUCUCAGCAUAACUGUGUUGACGGGUUCGUUCCUUCUGGAAGACACGGGGCUGGGGUUCCACAUUGAGCAGUCCAGGUCUUUGUGAGCCCUGGAUCUAAGCGAUACUUGGCACUGGAGGAAAUCGUUUCUCCCUCUCACGGGUCCGGGCAUACUCUGCACCCGGCCUUGAUGGCCUUAUUGGCCUCACAUUGAUCAAAGUCUCCUAUGGAAAGAAAAAAAUGCAGACAGGCCCUGUUCUGGGGGUGUGCACUCCCCUGAGGAGGCACCAUUUUUCCAAUCUGUAAGAAUGUUAACCAUGCUGUUUCUAUGUAUGCACAGGAGGCUGACCUCACUCAGCAAGAGCUCACUACAGAAGUGUGGUCGAAGCCAUUAAAGCGCUGCGCCAUGAUGCUGUGUGGGCUCCGCAGCCACGACCACCUUCACUCUGUAACAGCCUGUUUUCUCUUUGGUUGUCUGGACCUCCCCUCGGCGGCGCUUUCUCCUCUUGGCGGGGUUGGAGGUCAUGUUUGGUUUUCUCAUUCUUGUUUCAUUUUGUGUGGUGGGUUUCACUGACCGGAGGUGUCCUCUGAUGGUCACCUCUUUCCACCUCCCGGGUCCAGUGUUUGUACCACAUCACACACUUGUCACUCUUGUGGUGUAAAUAAAGACUGCGUUUAAUUGCCCUCCCA